UAAUGGCAAUUCUUUAGAUACUGCCAACUCCGAGAACCUACGUAAAGCUUACUUCCUUUUUCUCGUGUUCUUUUGACAACACGAGGUUAUAUCUUGUGUAUUGUGACUAGGUUUUCACAAUGGCAGAGGAAAAUUGGAAUGAUGAUGCUGAAGCGGGCAGCAUGGCUGUUGAAAGCAUGCCAUUGCCACAACCCGCUGACAUUCCGGAGAUUAAAUUGUUCGGAAGAUGGAGUUGUUACGAUGUCCAGGUUUCAGAUAUGUCCCUGCAAGAUUACAUUUCAGUAAAGGAAAAAUACGCUAAGUACUUGCCUCACUCUGCAGGCAGAUACGCACACAAGCGAUUCCGUAAAGCUCAGUGCCCAAUUGUUGAACGUCUGACAAACUCCCUGAUGAUGCAUGGACGCAAUAAUGGUAAGAAGCUGAUGGCAGUGCGUAUCGUUAAGCACGCAUUUGAGAUCAUCCAUCUACUGACUGGGGAAAAUCCCCUCCAAGUUCUUGUGACGGCCAUUAUCAACUCUGGACCUCGUGAAGAUUCGACGAGAAUCGGUCGUGCCGGUACAGUACGUCGUCAAGCUGUGGACGUCUCUCCUCUGCGUCGUGUGAACCAGGCUAUCUGGUUGUUGUGCACUGGAGCACGGGAAGCAGCUUUCAGAAACAUCAAGACAAUUGCUGAGUGCGUCGCUGAUGAGCUUAUCAACGCUGCUAAGGGUUCAUCAAACUCUUACGCUAUCAAGAAGAAGGAUGAGUUAGAACGUGUUGCUAAAUCCAACCGUUAAGUGCUGUUGUGGUGAGGAUUUAAUAAAUAAUGUAAGAAUA